CUUUAGGCACCAACUCAGGAUGUCUUCAGCGGACGGUGAGGUUCCUGUUGGUGGAGCGACUCUCCCUGCGCGUUCUGCCUCUGUUCCUGUCCGGAGUGACGGUGUCUUGGGAGCGGAAGAGCUGUUCUAAUUGGUCUCUGAAUGAGAGAUCAUAAUCUUCAGUUUCCAAGAGGGUCCGUGGAUUCACCGCCCUGCACCGUGCACACCGACUACUGUUCCUCCAUUCAGUCCGAAACACGUGGAUUCGGGAUAUAGCUCAUCUCUGCCUUCGUUUUGUAACGUUUUUUGAAGUCACCAGUGUUUGUGAUUGUGUUGGAUUGUGUGUGUUUUAUUCGGGACGCCUGAGGAAGUUUGUCAACAUUUCAUAAUGAGCGACUUAGAGGAGGACUUCUCAAAAAUUUUGAUGUUGAAGGAGGAGAGGAUUCGCGAUUUGGAGAGGCGUUUAGAAGAAAGAGAAGAUGAAAUUCAUGAGCUCAAAAGAAAACUGCACAAAUGCCAGUCGGUUUUGCCGAGCGCGCAGAUGAUCGGACCCAGGACCCGACGUGCACAGGGGAUAUCGGCAGAGCCGCAAACGCAUCAGGACCUGUUCCGACAAACCUUCAGGAAAUAUGCCAAAUCUGACAGGUCCAAGGAGUUGAUCAAAGAAGCCAUCCUGGAUAAUGACUUCAUGAAGAACCUGGAGAUGUCUCAGAUCCAGGAGAUAGUGGACUGCAUGUACCCGGUGGAGUACGGCAAAGAUAGCUGCAUCAUCAAGGAGGGCGAUGUGGGCUCGCUCGUCUACGUAAUGGAAGCUUUGGUCAAGGUGAAGCUGUGGGCCAUCGACAGACAAUGUUUCCAGACAAUCAUGAUGAGGACAGGCCUCAUCAAGCAUUCAGAAUACAUGGAGUUCUUAAAAAGCGUUCCCACAUUCCAAGGCCACCCUGAGGAGAUCCUCAGCAAAUUAGGUGAUGUCUUAGAGGAGACGCACUAUGAGAACGGAGAUUACAUCAUCCGACAGGGGGCCAGAGGCGACACCUUCUUCAUCAUCAGUAAGGGAAAGGUGACAGUGACGAGAGAGGACUGCCCUGGUGGGGAGCCUGUGUUGCUACAUUCUCUGGGGAAAGGAGACUGGUUUGGAGAGAAAGCACUGCAAGGAGAAGACAUCAGGACAGCUAAUGUCAUUGCAGCCGAAGCAGUUACUUGUCUGGUUAUCGACAGAGACUCCUUUAAACACCUCAUUGGGGGACUGGCAGACGAAUCCAGUAAAGGGCAAGAGGAUGCUGAGGCCAAGGCCAAGUACGAGGUGGAGAACGCCUUCUUCUUCAGCAUCAACCUCGCCGACUUUAACAUCAUCGACACGCUCGGGGUCGGAGGUUUCGGCCGAGUGGAGCUGGUUCAGCUAAAGAGUGACGAGUCCAAGACGUUUGCUAUGAAGAUCCUGAAGAAGCGCCACAUAGUGGACACGCGGCAGCAGGAGCACAUCCGCUCCGAGAAGCUCAUCAUGCAGGAGGCUCACUCCGACUUCAUCGUCAGACUGCACAGGACGUUCAAGGAUAGUAAAUACCUGUACAUGCUCAUGGAGGCGUGUCUGGGAGGAGAACUGUGGACCAUUCUCAGAGAUCGAGGUUCAUUCGAGGACGCCACCACCCGUUUCUACACGGCGUGUGUGGUGGAGGCUUUCGCUUAUCUGCAUUCCAAAGGCAUUAUCUACAGAGACCUCAAACCAGAGAACCUGAUACUGGACCACAGAGGCUAUGCUAAACUAGUGGACUUUGGCUUUGCCAAAAAGAUUGGCUUUGGGAAGAAGACAUGGACGUUCUGUGGUACGCCGGAGUAUGUAGCUCCAGAGAUCAUCCUGAACAAGGGCCAUGACAUCUCAGCGGACUACUGGUCCCUGGGCAUCCUCAUGUACGAGCUGCUCACCGGGAGUCCUCCAUUCUCUGGACCGGAUCCCAUGAAGACUUACAACAUCAUCCUAAGAGGCAUUGACAUGAUUGAAUUCCCAAAGAAGAUCACAAAGAAUGCUGCCAACCUCAUCAAAAAGCUAUGCAGGGACAAUCCGUCUGAAAGACUGGGAAACUUGAAAAAUGGUGUCAAGGACAUCCAAAAGCACAAAUGGUUCGAGGGCUUUAACUGGGACGGUCUACGGAAAGGCACCCUCUCCCCUCCCAUCAUCCCCAACGUAACCUCACCAACGGACACAAGUAACUUUGACAGUUUCCCAGAAGACAACGAGGAACCCCCACCUGAUGACAACUCAGGCUGGGACAUGGAUUUCUGAACCCACCAUACACAGACAGACUGAAAGACUAAAUCCAACUACAUAUAUGCACACACACACACAACCACACACACACACACACACACACACACACACACACACACACACACACACACACACACACACACACAGACACUGUUACAGUGUGGUCUUGGUUCAAGGUCUUAGAGGCAGUCAUAUGAUAGGAAUAGGUCUAGGAUGAGGCCACCAAUAUGUCUUCGCACUGGGAGAGAGCUCAAGUGGGAUUUCAGGGCUUGUUCACACAAACAAACAGACAGACACACACACAAACUCCAAACGUAGCUCAAAUAUAAGCGAUGCCUAUCAAAGAGUGUGACUGCAAAAAGUAUGUGUGGGAAUGUUUGCAAAUGUAUGUUCGGGAGAGAAAGACUUACAUUGACUUAAUUUGCGUGAAUGGACAGUAUGUGUUUAUGUGUGUUCUAUUUAGAUAUUUUUGUGUGGACGCUAUUUACUGUAGGUCAGGAUAGGGUGGGUAGGGGUUGACUCAUAAGGACCUCGUGCAUGUCUCCCAUGACGGCCUCUGACUGGUUGGAACACUGGUUCAUGCACCAAUCUCUGUGAAAAAACGAUGCCUGAGUGUCCAAAAAGCUAAAUGCUCAUUGGCUCAAAUCACUGUAUGUCCAAGCUCAUCCAGCCUAUCAGGAGAGGAGAGCUGUAGACAGACCUGAAUGUUGUUGCUCUUAAUUUAGUCAUGCAUAUGGCACAUGUACAUAGCCACAUAUAAACACUCCAACUCGUGUGCAAACACUCACUUACAUAGCGUAGUAGUAUUUAUCUCUUAAAUGAAAAAGAAAAGACAAAAAGUACAAGGAUGGUUUUGUUUGUAUUUCUUUUAAGUUUACUUCAAGAUUAAGGGACAUAUUUUAUUUUGACUGACCUUACAUUUUCAUGGAUGACCCAUCUGCAAAAGAAGCUUUUGUCACAUACAAUCCCAGCAUUCUCUGACUUUCUCUCUUUUUCUUUCUUACUUUCUUUCUCUCUUUUUCUUUCUCACUUUCUUUCUCUCUCUCUCUCGUAGUUCUGCAGUUAUGUAGGCGUUGUGGAUGAGCAUAUGCUGUGCCGAAUCACAGCCCCACAAAUAGAACACGUGUGCCUCUCAAAUAGAAAUUUAUUCAUUUUAUUUCUCAGAGAGCCCUUCUGUAGCCACAGUCUUCAUAUUUCCCACCGUCAUUUUCUGACUGCAGUGGUUUGUGUGGCUGUGGAAGCGCAGCCAACCUACUGUUCCUCUGCUAACCUACGCUCCACAGGACAGCGUCCAGAGGAGCGUCCAACGCUACCAUUCCUUUAGGCCACUUCCGGGUGUUGCACAGAGACAUUAUGUAAAUAUUUCAACACGGCUGUUAUUGAUAGUAGCCUUCGUGCUAAUGUUUGUUGAAGCUAUCUCGGACCAUGACAAAAAUCUUGACUGUCAAUAGCAGACAAUGGCAGCAUAUUUCUUUGUGUAAUUUCAUCUGCAAUCGUAUGAUUGCAGUUACCAACCAGAAUACCUGUGAGUAUUGGGUAUAUACCUGUGAUCACCUAUGUGACUUAAAGACCUGCUGCACCUGUACUGGAAUAUGACAUCAGUAGUGUUGUGUAAGGCUUUUUAUUGUGAUCAAGUAUGCUCACCUGGGAUGAAAUGAUUAACUAGGUUACAGCUGGUCAUGCAUGGUCAGUUGGUUAGAAAGUACUUUUGGCCUUAAACCUAAUCCCUGUGAAUUUUGUUUGUGAUUACAGUGAAAAACUGUAAGCUGGGUUAAGGUCACUGCAGGGUCACUCACAACCCAUCCAUCCAGCACACUUCCACCCAUCUACCAUCAGUGUUAAAUCAAGUGCCUUAAUACAAAUGGCAUGACUCCCCAAAACACCUUCCUACACCAACACACCUUAUAGAGCUGCAGCCCAACCAUCAACUCCAAAUAUAUAUUUAUUUAUUUUUCAUUUAUUUCUAUUGGUUUCCCCUCUUCCUUUGUGUAAUAAACAAAAAGUGACAAACCAAA